UGGAUACGAUUAGUUCGAGGCGCGACUCGGUCCUGCAAAUCCACCGGCCAUCGGAUGCUCUUCGCCUCCGUCUCCGCCGCCGCCGCUGUGCCAUAUCUAUAUUGUAUUCCUCCUCUGUUUCUCCGAUCGCCAUGAACAAGAAGCGGCGGACUGAGGCCGAUACAACUCUCGCCGGUCUUCACCAUCUUCUCUGUGACGUUUUCUUCCGUCGCCGCCGUUUCUACUACCAUAUCUUUCCGAUUCUCUCUGCUCUAGCUGGUUGUGUUUUCCUCUGCUUUGUUGCUCUGUCUCUUCUUGUUUCCUCCCCUGUAAUCCAUCAUGAUCAUCUCCACUUAACUCUCUUCAAUGGUGGAAGCUCGAGAGACCGCGGCAUUGAGCACGUAUCGAAUUCUGUUUUGGAAUCAUCCUUCGACGUUCCUGAAAGUGGAAGGAUUUUGGACCGUGAUUUAUGGGCUACAGGUCAAUCGAGUUUCUUCUAUGGAUGUAGCAAUGCCAGCAAGAAGUUCCCGACGGCGGCUGAGAAAACCGAUCCCGAUAGAUACUUGUUGAUUAGUACGAGUGGAGGCCUUAAUCAACAAAGAACAGGGAUAACAGAUGCUGUUGUUGCAGCUUACAUUUUGAAUGCCACUCUAGUUGUUCCGAAGCUUGAUCAAAAUUCAUUUUGGAAGGAUACCAGCAAUUUUGCAGAAAUCUUUGAUGUUGACUGGUUUAUUACAUUUCUCUCGAAAGAUGUUCAAAUCAUCAAACAAUUACCAAUGAAGGUUGGGAAAGCUAUGACUCCGCAUAGCAUGCGUGUUCCAAGGAAGUGUUCUCCAAAAUGCUAUGAAACACAUGUUCUUCCUGUUCUUAAAAAGAAGCAUGCUGUUCAGCUUGGAAAAUUUGAUUAUAGGCUUUCAAAUAGGUUGGCAACGGACUUACAGAAGUUAAGAUGCAGAGUUAACUAUCAUGCUUUAAAGUUUACUGAUCAGAUCAAUGAAAUGGGUCAAAAAUUGGCUGAGAGGAUGAGGAUGAAAAGCAAAAAUUUUAUUGCCCUACAUCUGAGGUUUGAGCCUGAUAUGCUUGCAUUUUCUGGAUGCUAUUAUGGUGGUGGAGAGACUGAAAGGAAAGAACUUGGAGAAAUUCGAAAGAGAUGGAAAAGUUUACAUGUGAGCAAUCCCGAUAAAGUACGAAGGCAUGGAAGAUGCCCUCUCACUCCAGAAGAAGUCGGUCUCAUGCUUCGAGGGCUGGGCUUCGGAAGUGAUGUGCAACUUUAUGUAGCAUCUGGCGAAGUAUAUGGAGGAGAGAAAACUCUAGCUCCAUUAAAAGCACUGUUUCCAAAUUUCCAUACUAAGGAGACUCUAGCCAGCCAGGAAGAGUUGGCACCAUUUUCUUCAUUUUCUUCUCGAAUGGCUGCUCUAGACUUCAUUGUUUGUGAUGAAAGUAAUGUUUUUGUCACAAACAAUAAUGGGAACAUGGCAAAGAUUUUAGCGGGACGAAGGAGGUACUUCGGCCACAAACCAACCAUCCGGCCGAACGCCAAGAAGCUGUACCGAGUGUUCAUGGACCGAAACAACAUGACAUGGGGAGAAUUUUCAUCUAAGGUCCAAACAUAUCAAGUUGGCUUCAUGGGAGAGCCAAAUGAGGUGAAGCCUGGAAGAGGUGAGUUUCAUGAAAACCCAUCAGCCUGCAUAUGCGAGGAAUCUGACUCAAAGGCCAAGAGAAUUCCACUUCUUCUUCCCAACCAAACAGAUGAUGUUAUGAGAAACAACAAUGGCUACAAAGAGACAGGAAAGAUGACAAACGAUCAAACUGCAGCAACAGAAGACGACCAAGACUGGUCUGGCAUGGAAUAUUUAGAAAUUGGAGUUGGUUUGGGAGAGAAAAGAUUGGCCAAUAUUUCUGACUCUGAUCUUGGUGUUCAAGCGAAGCCUGAGCGACCAGAAUUGGAAGAGUUAUUUUCAGACUAACCAAAAGGGUCAGUUCAAUAAGGUUUGACCAAUUUUUUUUGGGUAAUUUUUGGUUACCCAUCCAAUUGCAUAACAUUUUUCAAAGUAGUAGCAAUUCUGCAUUCUGUACAUAGAACGGAGGUGGGAAAGGAUAAUAGGUCGGCAUAGGUUUUGAAAUUUGUACAGUAAGGAACAUUUAGAAUUGGAUUUUAGGGCAUUAGCUUCUAGUUUUGCUUAUUUUUUGAAUUCUUCCGGUGGAUGGAGGCAGAGAUGGUAACUUCAAUAGUUCAUAAAUGGAUGAUGGUUUGAGCAGAUUUUGGUCA